AUGCCAAAGCGACGCCACCACUCGGACUUAGACGCCGAAUACGACACAGGCUCUGAGGAAUCUCCAUCACGACUGCAUUCUGCACGCCGUCCGCGGUUGAACCUCGCGCAGGAUGGCGAGUCUCUCCAGCCAUCACAAGACAGCUCUGACGCCACACCUCCCUCAGGCUCUGCCAGUGCGGCUACUAUUCACCUACUCUCUAGGGACUUAUGCCCUGCUUGGGACUCCUUAACUUCUGCUGACCAAGAAAUUAUCUUUCGAGACUGGGAACGGAUUCUAUCAACUAUUUUGGUCACUGCAUGUUCGACUGUUGCGAUGCUGGUGGGGCUCGGCCUUUGCAAUCGACCCUCCGAUUCAGAGGAAAUACUCGCAGACCAUCCUGACAUAUGGCGCUUGGCCGACAACCUGAGGAGUGCGGAUAGAGAGAAUCCUCGUCCAUAUUAUGAAUUAAUGAGUCACACUGCAUUUUCCACUGUACGAGUCGCUAAGGUAAAGCCCGAGGGUGUACAACCAGUGCCUCUCCCGUCGAACGUCUACACAGAAAGGCCCUCUCCAUACAAAUCUAAAGUCCACGUAUCGACGACCGAGCUCCGACAGGGCAUUAAGGCGGCCCUUGAUCAAUUCGACGAACAGUUCAAAGCUUUUGCUGACGGCAAGAAACUGUCUGAUCGGUUCGGCACGCACAAAGGGGCCGAAUUCGUCAACUUACUUCUGCAAGAACUAGGUUUGGACCCAUCAAUUGUCGAAAGAGCGAAGGAUUUCUUCACCAUCGAGAAGAACGUUCUGUUCCCAAAUGUCUCUGGGGCUGGAAAGUCUCGCAUCGCCCUGGAAUGUCUUCUGCUUGCCUGGGGUUUCUAUAUCUCUUUCACAGAGGCUAGAGGCGCUCAGGUCGCCGCCGAAAGCGAACAUGGACGUGGCUCUACUGACUUGCAAUGGGCAAUGAACGAGAUGCCUCUGUUCAGCGAGUGGCACGCACAGCCCACUUCGAAGGAAGCAUUCGAUGCGAACAAGGUUGUUGCUGACCGAUGCUUCGCAAUGAUCCUCUUGGCUCGCUUGUCGGUCUUGCUCAGGUUCCUCCAAAGUGUUCCGUCGUGGUGGACCGAGAAGGAGUGUCGCCUGGAGUGGGUCAUUCUCCAGGCUGACCCACUACUCGCCGGCUGUAAUAGGCUCACGCAGGGAGUCGAUAUCUUCCGUCGCAUAGCGGAGUGUGGACGACACUGUGAUAUGGAGACACUAAGGGUGGAGAUAACCUACCUAUGGUCGGAAAUCGCGCAGACCAGAUGGUUUGCUCGCGGGCCAGGCGCCAUCGGCAAGGAACGUUUCAUUGUCUUUUGGGACGAGGCACAAGUAGGCCUGAGUGGAGAGCUUUCGAAUAAUUUCUGCUCCGAAACGAGUAUCAAGAUCAAACGCCCCCCGCUGUCCGUGUUGCUCAAAGCUUCAACAGAAUACGCAUUUCUGGACAGAUACAUGGUUUGUGGGACGGGACUCUCUCUGGGCGAGGCGACGAGGGUGCUCGAGUCCAGCGCUUUCAAGGACAGUCCGACGGUGACGCUCACUGGGGCAGGCAGCUUCGACGCGGACGGAGUCGAGGAGUACUUGACCAAGCAUCUGGACAGCCUACUAUCUUGCGGUAGCAACCCAAGCCACGCGUGGCUCCUCGAGCGAUGCAAGAGGUGGUUUCCGGGAAGACCUCGUACAACGGUCGCUCGCAUCACGGACGGCUUUACUCCGAAUGACGCAGGUGAUUUCCUGGCCUUGGAGCCCGAGCUCACUUUAGCGGAGGCGGCUUACCUGGACACAAAGUUGCCUAUAGUCAACUGGUCAAACUUCGAUGCGCUUCCUGACGGCUGCAGUUGA